AUGGCUGCUCGGACGCUUCAGGGGCUUGUGUUCGCUGCAGCCUCCAUGCACCCUGACAGGAAAGCGGUGGUGUUCGACAGCGGCUCGGGGGGGUCACAAGGCUGUGUGUCUCUGUUGUACAGAGAUGUGGUCCAGCUUGCAGAGAAACUCUCUCGUGUUUUACUGAAGAACUGUGCUCUCAGCAGCGGCGUUGUUGGUCUGUACUGCAGUGAUGAUCUGCUCGUGCCUGUCUGGAUUCUGGGGAUUCUGCAGAGUGCUGCGGCUUACGUCCCGCUGGACCCAGAGGCUCCUGGAUUUCUCUCUGCCGGAGUCAUGAGCCGGUGUGGCCUCCGGCUCUGCGCAGUAAAAAGUGACCUUGUGCAGUUCUUUCAGGCGUCGCUCGUCAGAUACAUGUCUGUGGAGGUCUGCAUGGAGCUGCCUGAGUUUAAACUGACCUUGAUGCGAGCUGAGCCUCUCCCAGUCUUGGAGGGGGGAUCUGGACCUCAGCCAACAGGCGGCCCUGAACUUGAUGGUACCUGCGGUCAGAAAGACUGGGCAUAUGUGCUCCACACAUCUGGAACAACUGGUCCUCCCAAGACCGUGAGGGUCCCACAUGAGUGUAUUCUUCCUAAUAUUCUGCACCUGAGAUCUUUGUUUCAGAUCAGCCCUGAUGAUGUGCUUUUCCUUGCCUCCCCUCUAACCUUUGACCCUUCCGUGGUGGAUAUUUUCCUGGCCUUGUCGUCAGGGGCUCAGCUCCUGAUUGUCCCUGCGAUAAUGAAGAAAAAGCCCGUUCGACUUGCACGGUUGUUGUUCAAAGAUCACAGAGCUACAGUCCUCCAGGUCACACCGACUUUGCUGAUGAGUUUCGGCCAUCGUGUCCUGAAACAGGAUGUGUUGUCCUCCGGCUCCUCGCUGAGGGUGCUGGCUCUGGGUGGAGAAGCCUGUCCUUCUCCUGCUCUGCUGAGCAGCUGGAGACACAAGGACAACACAACCUGCAUCUACAACAUCUACGGUAUCACGGAGGUCUCCUGCUGGGCCUGCUGUUACAACAUCUCAGAGAGCCUGCUGCGCUCCACCAACCAAACGUCAGCCUCCGUGCCUCUGGGGAGUCCACUGAUGGACACGAUGUUGGAAGUGAGAGAUGAACACGGUUGCAUCAUCACAGAGGGUGAAGGUCAGGUGUUUAUAGGUGGACAGGACAGGGUGUGUCUCCUGGACGGGGAGGACAUGCCUGUCCCUGGGACGAUGAGGGCAACUGGAGACUGGGUGAACAUUAAGGACGAUCAGCUGUACUUCCUGGGACGCAGAGACAGAAUGAUUAAGCGUAACGGGAAACAAGUGAACUUGGACGACCUUCAGAGACUGAUCUCGAGCCUGCCAGAGGUGGAGGCCUGCGCCGUGGGUGUUUGUGACAGUUCUCGACUCCUGGCCUUUGUGGUGGCCCCCACUGCUGGACACCAGAUGGCAGCCUCCACCGUCUCCUCCACACAGCAGGACCAUCGUCCCCCUGAGGAGCCGGGCUGGGCCGCCCUGAAGAGGCUCAUCCUGAAGCAACUCACGCUGCUGCUGCCUUCUCACAGCGUUCCUGACACGCUGCUGCUCGUCCCAGCUUUACGCCAGACUCCCCACGGUAAAGUGGACAUGGAGGGACUGAUGAGACUAUACAGAAGACAAAGAGACAGUCAGAGGUUUUUUCAGGGAGACAGAAACCUAAAACAAACUCUCCAGGAUAUGUGGCAGGAAACAUUAGGUCUGCCUGAAGACUCUAACAUCAACGAGCAGUCAAACUUCCUGUCCAGUGGGGGGGACUCGUUGACGGCGCUGCAUCUUUGCGAGGACAUCCUCACUUCUGUGGGAGUGUCCUCUCCAAGUCUCCUUGAAGUUCUGCUUGAUGGGACGUUCACAGAAGUGUUGCAGCAUCUGACAUGGUUGUUGUCUCCGGAGGACAGCUCGUCAUCAGUGCCGGGGACCAAGAAGCAUCCCACUGACCUUCCUUUGGUGCUUCAAAGAAAGAGAGAGCGCAGGUCAGCUGAGACAAAGCAGAAGGAGGACGAGAAGGAGGACCAGCGUACAGUUAAAGUAGUAAGACGAGGAGGAGAGGUGAAGGACAUCAAGAACACUGAGGGAACAAAAAGCUUCCAGAAAGACAAACUCAGAGGACAAAAUAUCAAUAAAGGUGUGAGGCUCAGUCUAAGAUGGUCUUCAGAUACCGGCAGAUGUGUGGACGCCUCCCCGGUGGUUUUAAUCCAAGAGGGAGCCAAUCAAAAUCCUGAUGAGGCUGAAGCAUCUGUGUUCAUCGGUUCCCACUCCCACAGGAUGCAGGCGGUUGACCUGCUCACCGGAAACCUCCUGUGGGAACGAGUUCUCGGGGACAGAAUUGAGGCCUCGGCUGCUGUGUCCCGCUGCGGUACCCUGGUUGUUGUAGGUUGUUAUGACGGCUGCGUUUAUUUCUUGUGCGCUAAAACCGGAGAGACCCAGUGGUUGUUUAAGACAGGGGACGCAGUUAAGAGCUGUCCUGCCGUGGACCCUCUCAGUGGGCUGGUGGUGGUGGGCUCACAUGACGGACAGGUGUACGCCUUAAACCCUCAGAUCCAGCAGUGUGUUUGGAAGCGCCACUGCGGUGGCGGUGCCGUGUUUUCUUCUCCACACCUUCACUCGUCCCGUCGACGGCUCUACGUGGCGUCUCUGGGAGGACGUCUGCUGUGUCUCAACCUGGACAGUGGAGACGUUUUAUGGUCCUACUGUAGAGCCACGCCUUUCUUCUCAUCACCAAACUCGUCCCGUGGACACGUUGUGAUCGGCUCUGUGGACGGACACAUCUGCUGCCUCACCGACUCGGGCAAACUGCUGUGGCAGUUUUUAACCGAGGGUCCGGUCUUCUCCUCUCCGAGCUUCGCAGCAGAGCAGCAGAGGCUCCUGUGUGGGUCUCACGAUGGGCGGGUGUACUGCCUCAACUGUGCCGACGGCUCUUUAGUCUGGACGUUUCAGACUACAGGAAAAGUGUACUCCACUCCGUGUGUGUUCGAUGGCUCCGCUGCAGGUGAGAGAGGGUCCCUGGUGGGCGUGGCCUCCACAGACGGUACGGUGUGGAUCCUGGAUGCUCACGAUGGACAGUCGGUGGCUUCAUACACCCUACCUGGAGAGCUGUUUUCAUCCCCGGUUGUCUGGAAACAAUUCCUUAUAAUCGGGUGCCGUGAUGAUUAUCUGUAUUGUUUAAACUUGAAUGUCAAAGAGUAAAUGUACAGAUUUAAUGUAUUUA